AUGCGAUCUCUCUUCGCGGCUAUCGUCGUGAUAUCUACGCUGACGUCAUUCACUGUUAUUAAUGUCUAUUACCAAAAGAAGCAAUUCUAUCCGACGGUGGUUUUUCUUACCAAGCACAAACCAUACUUUGCGUUGAUUGUUCUCCAGUGUUUUGCUCUUCUCUUUAUCCUAGCGAAAAUAACAAGCUGGAUUUUCUUCGGUGACAUCCGAAGAACGGAAAUAGAUAAUGUAUUUUCGAGGAUAAUGUAUACGUCCUUUGACAUGUGUCUGCUUUUUACGUUCUUCCAGGAGGAUAUUAGUACGAAAUUCUUGUUUUUGUUUUCGGUGAUAAUAUUCAUGAAGGCCUUUCACUGGCUACUGGAAGGGCGUGUGGAUCUUAUGGAGCGAACUCCUGUUAUCAGGACUUCAUUCCACGUGCGAACAAUAAGUUUCAUGAUACUGUUGGUGUUGAUUGACGUUUUUCAUAUUUCUCAUUUUUACUGGGGUGUAUCUACGCAAAACGUGGCAUCUCUAGCUGUCGGCGCUGAGGUACAACAGUACUAUAUUCUAUUUUUCGAACUGAUUUCUACAAUGAUGCGUUACGGUCUACAAGUAUUUGACUCGAUGCGGGAUACCCCAUGGGACCAGAAAGCGCUCUACCUCCUCUAUGUUGAUGUUUUCGUUGGAAUGCUUCGUGUUUUUUUCUACCUAGAGUUCGCUCCGAUUCUAUGGAGGCAUCAUCCUUUUCCACUAUUUAUAAUUCGACCAAUUUAUCUGAACCUACGUUUCCUAAAGAAGACGAUACGGAAUUUGGUAAUGUCAAGACGAGCUAUUCGACUAAUGAAUAGCGUGUUUCACGACGUCAGUGCUGCUGAAAUAGCUGCUUCUAGUGACACUGUUUGCAUUAUAUGUCGGGAGGAGAUGAUAUCACACUCGGACGCCUCAGCCGCCGUUGCUCCUGCAGGCACCAUAAAGCGUCUACCAUGCGGGCAUAUUUUUCACGCCAGUUGCCUUCGUAAUUGGUUUCAGCGUCAACAAACCUGUCCCACUUGUCGUCUCAACAUCCUUCGUCGUCCGCCCGGUAAUACUGAUCAGGCGAAUCGUCCUCAAAGGCGUGGAGGUAGACCAAGUCAAGGCCGCCAACAACAACAACAGCAGCAGCUUGAUGAAGUGCAAAACCGGAGGGGUGCAAGCACUGCGCAAAUCCGCAUCGACAUUCAACACAUGUCGUCUGGGAGAAGUACAGUUGAGACGAAUGGCCAGGCAAUGCUUCCUGGUACCACAAGUUGCAUCACACCCUUCCCAUCGAAUGUGAAUUUCCCAGGGCUUCUUCAAAUCAAUCAAGGUGACAAUGGCGUGCCUCAAAUGUUCUCCACUCCUCCCAUCAUUGUUCCCGGGGAUCACUUCUUGCCCGGUGUCGGCGCAGCUAUGCCCGAGGUGCCAGCAGACCUGGCGCAAUCGGCUGCUACUGAGCUCGAGUUACGGGCCAGUGUGGAAGCACGCAUCGCGACAUUGCAGCGCAUUCAGCUCCUACUUGACGCUUCCAUUGUGCAAAUGAACUCCUACUUAGCGGCCACUACCUCGCAGGCUCCGCUCGUCUCUCCUCCUCCCCAUCACCACAUGCAGACAGAUCGCCCUCUCGCAGGUGAUGGUGCACUGAGGAGCACCGAAAAAGGUGGCCUAGGCAGCUGCAGUGACGAAGAAGUGAGUAGUGCAGAGGAGAAGAAGGCGGACGCGGGGAAGGCAGCAGCUUCCGAUGGUACGUCGUGA